UUUUUGUAUUUUGGAUAAAAUAUUGAGAUGAGUUCUGUUGCAGAGAUUCAAGUAAAGACAGACUAUUUGAUUAAACCUGAAAAUCUAUCGGGCAAUGCCGAUACUUCUACUUGGCCUCUUUUAUUGAAAAAUUACGAUAAAUUGGUAAUACGGACAGGCCAUUAUACACCUAUUCCUCAUGGUUCAUCGCCCUUAAAAAGGGAUCUUAAGACGUAUAUAAGUUCUGGAGUCAUUAACCUUGAUAAACCGGCAAAUCCGUCGUCUCAUGAAGUAGUUGCAUGGAUUAAAAGGAUUUUGCGCUGUGAGAAGACAGGCCAUUCUGGAACUUUGGAUCCUAAAGUAACAGGAUGCUUGGUUGUCUGUAUUGAUAGAGCGACAAGAUUGGUUAAAUCUCAACAAGGUGCAGGAAAAGAAUAUGUAUGUGUAAUUCGAUUUCAUGAUGCUUUGUCUUCGGAAAAAAAGUUUGCACAGUCUCUUGAAACUUUGACAGGUGCUUUAUUUCAACGUCCUCCUCUUAUUUCUGCUGUUAAACGUCAGCUUCGAAUCCGUACAAUUCAUGAAUCUAAGCUUCUUGAAUUUGAUAAUGAUCGUCAUUUGGGUGUAUUUCGUGUGAGUUGUGAGGCAGGGACAUAUAUUAGAACAUUAUGUGUUCAUUUAGGUCUUAUAUUAGGUGUGGGAGCUCAUAUGCAAGAGCUUCGUCGUAUACGAAGUGGAUGUCUUAGUGAAAUGGAUGGUAUGGUUACGAUGCAUGAUAUUCUCGAUGCACAAUGGGAAUAUGACAAUACAAGAGAUGAAUCAUAUUUAAGGCGUGUUAUUCGUCCUUUAGAAUCUCUUCUUGUGUCUUAUAAAAGAAUUGUUGUUAAGGAUAGUGCGGUUAAUGCCAUUUGUUAUGGCGCUAAAUUAAUGAUUCCUGGUUUACUUCGUUAUGAGUCAGGCAUUGAACUUAAUGAAGAGGUUGUACUUAUGACGACAAAAGGUGAAGCUAUUGCUUUAGGCAUUGCCCAAAUGUCAAUGGUAGAGUUGUCGACGUGUGAUCAUGGAGUUGUGGCCAAAAUUAAACGAUGUAUCAUGGAAAGAGAUACGUAUCCUCGAAGAUGGGGUUUAGGUCCUCAAAGUAUGAAGAAAAGAAUUUUGAAAAAAGAAGGGAAACUUGAUAAGUAUGGAAGAAUUAAUGAUGCAACACCUGAGGAAUGGAAAUCUACAUAUGUAGAUUAUAAUUUACCAUCUGAACAAUUAUCUACUCAGGUUAAAAAAGUUGCCGAGGCCGAAUCAAUACAAGACAAAACAACUUCUAUAAAGACAGAUAUUUUGGUAAAAGAGAAAAGAAAAAAGGACAGAAUGGAUGAAUCGAAAGCUUCUGAUAAUUCAGAAAAAAAAAGAAAAAUAGAGAAAAAGAAAAAAGAUAAAUCAAAAAUAUAACAGUUAUUUUACAGUAGGGUUAUAUUAUAUAUCAUUUUUAUAAUGUUGAUAUGUGC